AUGGAGUCCGGUGAAUUUUUCGGCUGUGCCGUCGGAGUAAAGGAGGAGCCUACUGAAGUGUCGCGUAUCGAAAAUGAUUGCAAAAUUAUUGACGAGAAACCCGAUCUUAAUCAAAUGCAAUGCUUACUAUUUUCGACAGAAAAUUCAACCCAAAUGUAUCAAGAAUUUGACGUAAAUUGUGCCAGUAAUAAAAAAAUUGAUGAUGAUUUUCAAUAUCAUAUGCAGUAUAUAAAAGAUAGCGAUAGUUAUGAAACUAAACUUGCAAAUAAUAUGGAAACCGUGGGUGAAGUGAAACAAGAAAUCAGUGACGACUUUGCGGUAGAACCGAGUUUUAAUCACGACGGUGAACGCAAUGAGGAUUUGGAAAUAAUUUUUGAAUGCGAAGACGUGAAACUCGAUAGGGACUUAUUAGUGGUUAAUAAAACAGAAACUAUGGGUGAAGUUAAACAGGAAUUUUUUGAUGACGCUGCUGAAAAAUUGAAUUUAAAUCUUGACGUUGAACAAAAUAACAAAAAAAGUGGCACAGAAGAAUCAAUGGAUAGGGAUAACCCCCAAAAUUGUGAUAAACGAGGAAAAACAUCAUCGCUCUUCUCGUUUAUGGCGCAAAUCGGUAUAUCGAUCGGUUGGCCGUCGCCCAACGUGCCUCGCCUCCAGCAGUCCGGCAACCAUGACACGCUGAUAACGGCCACGGACGACGAGCUGUCUUGGAUCGUGUCGGUGAUCGGUCUCGGGGCCGUAGCCGGUGCCCUGGCCGGCAGCUGCCUGGUCGAGCUCCUCGGCAGCCGUAGGACGCUGUUGCUGGCGCUGCUGAUCGAGGCCGCGGAUCGCGCCUGCCUGGUCGCGGCCACCUCGGCCUCCUGGAUAAUAGCCUCGCGCGCCCUCGGCGGCCUCUCCGCCGGACUGGCCUACGGCGCGUUCGCCCUGUACCUGGGCGAGGUCGGCGCCCCGGAGUGUCGCGGCACUCUGGUGUCGAUCGCCAGCGCGGGCAUACCACUGGGCAUAUUAGUCGGCACCUGCGCCGAGUCCUAUCUGCCGGCGAGAUUGUCGUCCUCGUUGUACCUGGCGAUGUGCGCCGCGUCGAUCGGGCUGUUCGCUUGGCUGCGAGACACGCCGUAUCAUCUGAUGCGAGCGGGACGCGAGCCCGAGGCCGAGAAGUCGGUGAUCCUGUAUUAUCCGGACGUCGAGGCGAAGCAGAAGAUGAGCGAGAUACGCGAUUUUUUGGAAUCCAAGAGGACCGAUCGAGUGAACAAGUGGCGCGAGAUGACCCGGCCCGUCUCGCUGAAAUCCUUCGCUUACAUAGUGGCGCUGUAUUCCCUGCCGAAUCUCACCGGCUUGAUGAUCGUGCAGUCGUACAUGGAGGUGAUCUUGGCGAAGACCAGCCGGUCCAUCCAUGUCGAGUCUACGCAGCAGCUGGUCAUCGGCGCCAACGCGAUCUCGAGCCUGGCGACCCUCGCCACGGUGAAUCUGGUCGACCGGCUGGGCAGGCGGCCGCUGCUGAUGGUGUCGGGCUGCGGCUGCGCCCUGGCCAAUGCCGGCCUCGCCGCGGCCUACUUUCACGGCGACGCCGACGACGACGUCGACAACCUCGGCUGGCUGACGCCGAGCUGCGUCGUCGCCUAUCUGGUGUUCUACGCGAUCGGCCUGGCCCGAGUGCCGAACGCCGUACUCAGCGAGAUCUGCGGCGACGGCAUCAAGGGCGCGGCCGGCUGCCUGGCGUCGCUCUGCGGCGCACUCAGCGGCUUCGCCGUGCUCAGGUCGUAUCGGCCGCUCGCCGACGAGCUCGGCGACCAGUGGGUCUUCUGCGGGCUCGUCGCGUUCUCCAGCCUCUGUGUGCCGUUGGCUCUGCUGCUGCCCGAGACCAAGGGAAAGUCCCUCAACGAGAUACAGAAUAUGUUGCGUAGAAAAUAA